GCAGUAGCCAGGCCCGUGCAGACCGAAAGGAAAACAGUUUUCCAAUCCGGAACGACCAUCCGGAGUCCGGAAUCGGUAGGUUAGCCCGAAAAGUCACGCGAUUCCCGUUUAUCCAGACAUCCACUUAGUGCUUUUGGCUCCCGAUUAGUGUUCUUUAAAGACUAACUGCAUCUAUCUCAAUUCCAAUAUGGCCAUCUAAGAUACACCCUCCAAAUCUUUGGAAUAAUGGCCUAGAAUGCCCAUGAAGCAAAUGAGCAAUUCAAUGCGACUAUUGAUAAUCAACAGUCGAUAUAACUAAUCGAAGACUCACCAUAUGGACCUCUAGAAGCCUACUGAAGAAUGGCCACACCAAGCGACAGUCCAAUUGAAGAGGUUGUGUUUGAAAUAGAACCGUCCAGAAUACCCAAACCGAUUCCGGUGUCUUUAGAGGAUCUAUGCAGGCUGACCAAGUUUACCAGGAAAGAAAUCCGGAUUAUGUACAGGGGAUUUAAAACGGAGUGCCCUGAAGGGGUUGUUCAUGAAAAUAGUAUUAAGGAUAUUUAUUCCAAGUUCUUCCCACAUGGAAAUGCAACUUUAUACGCCCAUUACGUGUUCAAAACUUUCGAUGUAAACUGUAAUGGAGCCAUUAGCUUUAAGGAUUACCUUAUAACAUUGUCCACACUACUUCGGGGGAGCGUCUAUGAAAGACUGAGGUGGACCUUCAAGCUCUAUGAUAUUAAUGGAGACGGAUCCAUUAGUCGCGAUGAGAUUCUGGAAAUAGUGACCGCCAUUCAUGAGCUAGUUGGACGGAAAACGCAUCAGGUGGAAGAAGAUCGGAAAGCUCGAGAGCAAACAGACAGGGUGUUUCGCAAAUUAGACCUCAAUCAAGAUGGAGUGAUCACGAUCGAAGAGUUUAUGGAGUCGUGCCUCAAAGACGAUAUCAUGACAAAAUCCCUACAAAUGUUUGAUCUGUGAUAUGUGAUACAAAAGAUGCGCAUCCAACAUCCCUUUCACCGAGCGUUCAUAAUAAUAAAAAAACUGUUUUUUUGUCAAGAAAUAUAUAAUAUAUUUUUCACAAUUUCCGUACAAGUUUUAAAACUGGAGUCAUUAGGUGUUAAGUUAACUGUUAGCAUGUCAAUUAAGAAUAAACACCAUUGUAUUACAGUGUAUAUAAACAGCGAAAUAAACUUUUAAGAAUUCAA